CGCCGCGGCGGCAGUGACAGUCGCCAUUUUAUUUUGAAAAAUCAAACAGAAGUGGAGACACAGCGACCCUACUGUUUCGACAAGUUUGCCGUGAGAACAAGAAAAGAAGGAUGAGCAUCUGAACUAUUUCUUGGAAGCACGAUGCUGAACUUGAUUUUAAACUGAAGGACUUUAUCUAUCACUAGGAGCCACUGAUCGGAAAACAACUCAUUUGGAACCCUAUAUUUUUCACCUUUUUGGGGGGGGGGAGCAGAAGUAACGUAUCACUGAAGUGACUAAAGGGGAAUAAUGGUGAUUUUGCGCCGUGCUCGGCCGCCUGCUUCCGCCCCAACCAGCAAUGAAUCUUGACUCGCUCUCGCUGGCUUUGUCUCAAAUCAGCUAUCUGGUGGACAAUUUAACGAAGAAAAACUACAGAGCCAGCCAGCAAGAAAUACAACAUAUUGUAAAUCGUCACGGUCCUGAGGCAGACAGACAUCUAUUACGCUGUCUCUUCUCCCAUGUGGAUUUCAGUGGCGAUGGUAAAAGCAGUGGCAAGGACUUUCACCAGACACAGUUUCUGAUCCAGGAGUGUGUGUCGCUGAUAUCAAAGCCAAACUUUAUCUCUACUCUGUGUUACGCCAUUGACAAUCCUCUGCACUACCAGAAGAGUUUGAAGCCUUCGGCCCAUCUUUUCACUCAACUGAGUAAAGUCCUUAAGCUCAGCAAAGUCCAAGAGGUGAUUUUUGGACUUGCCUUGCUCAAUUCCAGCAACACUGACCUCCGUGGCUUUGCUGCACAGUUCAUCAAGCAGAAACUUCCAGAUCUUCUGAGGUCAUACGUUGACGCUGAUCUCAGUGGAAACCAGGAAGGUGGCUUCCAGGACAUUGCCAUAGAGGUCUUGCACCUGCUGCUCUCCCAUCUAUUGUUUGGCCAGAAGGGAGCCAGUGGGGUUGGGCAAGAGCAGAUUGACGCCUUCCUCAAGACACUUUGCCGAGAUUUUCCCCAAGAGCGCUGUCCUGUGGUGCUCGCACCACUUCUGUACCCUGAAAAACGGGACAUUCUCAUGGACAGGAUCUUACCAGAUUCGGGGGAGUUAGCUAAGACCAUGAUGGAGAGUUCUCUUGCAGAAUUUAUGCAAGAAGUUGGAUAUGGCUUCUGUGCUAGUGUGGAUGAGUGCAGAAACAUAAUUAUUCAAUAUGGGGUGAGAGAGGUGACGGCCAGCCAGGUCGCCAGAGUUCUGGGCAUGAUGGCCCGAACCCACUCUGGUCUGACUGAUGGUAUUCCACUGCAGUCCAUCUCUGCUCCAGGAAGUGGGAUCUGGAGUGAUGGCAAGGAUAAGAAUGACGGCUCGCAGGCCCACACCUGGAACGUCGAGGUUCUUAUCGAUGUUGUCAAAGAAGUGAAUCCCAACCUAAACUUCAAAGAGGUGACGUAUGAACUGGAUCAUCCAGGUUUCAUCAUCCGGGACAGUAAAGGACUACAAAUAGUGGUUUAUGGAAUUCAGAGAGGACUGGGCAUCACAUCAGAAAAUGCUGUUUUACUCACACUUCAACCUUUCUUUCAGCUCUCCUUCAUUCAGCACUCUCUGAUGAGCCCAGAGGUGUUUUGUUUUGCUGACUACCCGUGUCACACCGUGGCCACUGACAUUCUGAAGGCACCGCCCGAGGAUGACAACCGGGAGAUUGCCACAUGGAAAAGCCUGGACCUGGUGGAGAGCCUGCUGAGACUCUCCGAGGUGGGCCAGUACGAGCAGGUGAAGCAGCUGUUCAGCUUUCCCAUCAAGCACUGCCCAGACAUGUUGGUGCUGGCACUGCUUCAGAUCUCUACAUCCUGGCACACACUGCGCCAUGAGCUCAUCUCCACCCUCAUGCCCAUCUUUCUCGGCAACCAUCCCAACUCUGCUAUUAUCCUGCACUAUGCCUGGCACGGACAGGGACAAUCUCCUUCCAUCCGUCAGCUCAUAAUGCAUUCGAUGGCUGAGUGGUACAUGAGAGGGGAGCAGUACGACCAAGCUAAACUGUCUCGCAUCCUGGAUGUGGCCCAGGACUUGAAGUCUCUAUCAAUGCUGCUGAAUGGUACUCCAUUUGCCUUUGUCAUUGACCUCGCUGCACUUGCCUCUCGCCGUGAAUACCUCAAACUUGACAAAUGGCUGACUGACAAAAUCAGAGAGCACGGGGAGCCUUUCAUCCAGGCGUGUGUGACAUUCCUGAAGAGGCGCUGCCCGUCCAUUAUGGGUGGUCUGGCUCCAGACAAGGACCAACCCAAAAGUGCUCAGCUGCCGCCAGAGACCUUAGCUACCAUGCUGGCCUGCUUGAAGUCUUGUGCAGGGAAUGUGUCCCAGGAGUUGUCUGAGACCAUCCUUACCAUGGUUGCCAACUGCAGUAAUGUAAUGAACAAAGCUCGGCAGCCGCCACCAGGGGUAAUGCCCAAGGUACGGGCUCCUAGCACCAGCAGCCUGGACGCCAUUUCACCUGUUCAGAUGGACCCACUGUCUGGAAUGGGGUCCCUGAGCUUGGGGAGCACGGCCACUUCCCACACUCAGAGUAUGCAGGGUUUCCCCACCUCCCUCAGUUCAGCUUUCAGUAAUCCCCAGUCCCCAGCAAAGGCUUUCCCUCCACUCUCAAAUCCAAACCCUAGCACCCCUUUUGGGGGUAUUGGCAGCCUGUCCUCACAGCUUCCUGGGAUGGACUCUGGACCCCUCGGCUCUGGCCUGGGAUCCAGUCUGGGGAUGCCGACUGUAAGCACUGAUCCCUUUGGCACCAGGAAGAUGAGCACACCGGGUCUGAACCCACCGACCUUUCAGCAGAGUAAGAUGAAGGCCUCUGACCUUUCUCAGGUGUGGCCCGAGGCAAACCAGCACUUUAGUAAAGAGAUCGACGAUGAAGCUAACAGUUACUUCCAGCGCAUUUACAACCACCCACCUCACCCGACUAUGUCUGUGGAUGAAGUUCUGGAGAUGCUGCAGAGGUUCAAGGAUUCCAACAUCAAGAGAGAGCGGGAGGUGUUCAAUUGUAUGUUGAGGAAUUUGUUCGAGGAAUACCGGUUCUUCCCUCAGUACCCAGACAAGGAGCUGCACAUCACUGCCUGUCUUUUUGGUGGAAUCAUUGAGAAAGGUCUGGUCACCUACAUGGCGCUGGGCCUGGCUCUCCGAUAUGUCCUUGAAGCCUUAAGAAAACCAUUUGGAUCAAAGAUGUAUUACUUUGGAAUCGCCGCCCUGGACAAGUUCAAAAACAGACUUAAGGACUACCCGCAGUAUUGUCAACACCUGGCUUCAAUUGCACACUUUUUGCAGUUUCCCCAUCACCUACAAGAGUAUAUCGAGUAUGGCCAACAGUCACGGGACCCCCCGGUGAAGAUGCAGGGCUCCAUCACCACACCUGGCAGUCUGGCACUGGCACAGGUUCAGUCCCAGGCCCAGCCUCCUAUAGGACUUAAAGCGCCACAGCCGGGGCAACCCAGCACCCUGGUCACCACCACCACCACUACAACCACGGUAGCCAAGACCACCACUAUUACAAGACCAACACAAAGCACCUUCAAAAAGGAUGUGCCUCCCUCCAUCAACACCACCAACAUCGACACCCUCCUGGUGGCCACAGACCAGACGGAGAGGAUUGUGGAGCCUCCAGAGAACGUCCAGGAGAAGAUAGCUUUCAUCUUCAACAACCUGUCUCAGUCCAACAUGACGCAGAAGGUUGAGGAGUUGAAAGAGACUGUGAAGGAGGAGUUCAUGCCCUGGGUGUCUCAGUACCUGGUGAUGAAGCGUGUCAGCAUCGAGCCCAACUUCCACAGUCUGUACUCCAACUUCCUGGACACUCUAAAGAACCCAGAGUUUGUCAAGAUGGUGCUGAGUGAGACUUACCGAAACAUCAAGGUCCUCCUGACAUCGGACAAGGCAGCCGCAAAUUUCUCUGAUCGUUCACUGCUGAAGAACCUGGGCCACUGGUUGGGCAUGAUAACACUGGCCAAAAACAAACCCAUCCUCUACACUGAUCUGGAAGUGAAGUCUCUGCUACUAGAAGCUUAUGUCAAAGGUCAGCAGGAGAUGCUCUACGUGGUUCCUUUUGUGGCCAAAGUGUUGGAGUCCAGUUUACGAAGCAUGGUUUUCAGGCCUCAGAAUCCCUGGACUAUGGCCAUCAUGAAUGUCCUGGCAGAGCUGCAUCAAGAACAUGACCUCAAGCUAAACCUAAAGUUUGAGAUUGAAGUUCUGUGUAAGAACCUGUCCCUGGACAUCAAUGAUCUCAAACCAGGAAACCUCCUGAAGGACAAGGACAAACUAAAGAACCUUGAGGACCAGCUGUCGGCACCAAAGAAAGAGGCAAAGCCUCCAGAGGAGCUGCUCCCAGUCUCUACCACAGCUCCUCCCUCCACCCCAGCUGCCACCACCACCACCUGCACAAGCACCGGUCCUCCGACACCACAGUUCAGCUACCAUGACAUCAAUGUGUAUGCCCUGGCUGGUCUGGCUCCACACAUCAACAUCAAUGCCAACAUCCCUCUGCUCCAGGCUCACCCUCAGCUGAAGCAGUGCGUACGUCAGUCCAUAGAGCGAGCUGUCCAGGAGUUGGUGCAUCCGGUGGUCGAUCGUUCCAUCAAGAUCGCCAUGACCACCUGUGAACAGAUCAUCAGGAAGGACUUUGCCUUGGAUUCGGAGGAGUCACGCAUGCGCGUCGCCGCUCACCACAUGAUGAGGAACCUGACUGCCGGCAUGGCCAUGAUCACCUGUCGCGAGCCCCUGCUUCUGAGCAUCAAUACUAACCUGAAGAACAGUUUUGGAACUGCACUGAGGGCACCUACACCUCAACAGAGAGAAAUGAUGGAGGAGGCCUCAGCCCGCAUCGCCCAAGAUAACUGUGAAUUAGCCUGCUGCUUCAUUCAGAAAACAGCUGUGGAGAAGGCUGGUCCUGAAAUGGACAAGAGACUAGCCACGGAGUUUGAACUGAGAAAACAUGCACGCCAAGAGGGACGGCGUUACUGUGACCCUGUUGUUCUGACCUACCAAGCUGAGCGCAUGCCGGAGCAGAUCAGACUGAAGGUCGGAGGAGUGGACCCAAAACAACUGGCUGUUUAUGAGGAGUUUGCGAGAAAUGUUCCAGGUUUCUUACCCAGCAAUGACCUCUCUCAGCCCACUGGCUUCUUGGCUCAGCCCAUGAAGCAACAGGCAUGGGCUACUGAUGAUGUGGCCCAGAUCUACGAGAAGUGCAUGGCUGACUUGGAACAACAUCUUCAUGCCAUCUCUCCUGCUCUGGCCAUGAACCCUUUGACCCAGGCCUUGCGCAGCCUGCUGGAGGCUGUGGCCUUGGCCAGAAACUCCAGGGAUGGCAUUGCUGCACUCGGCCUGCUGCAGAAGGCUGUGGAAGGUCUUCUCGAUGCGACCAGCGGGGCCGAUGCUGAUUUGUUGCUGCGCUACAGAGAGUGCCACCUGCUGGUGCUCAAAGCCCUGCAGGAUGGACGUGCCUAUGGGCCACAGUGGUGCAAUAAACAGAUUACCAGGUGUCUCAUUGAGUGUCGUGACGAGUACAAAUACAAUGUGGAGGCUGUGGAGCUUCUGAUCAGAAAUCAUCUCGUCAAUAUGCAGCAGUAUGAUUUGCACCUAGCACAGUCGAUGGAAAAUGGAUUGCACUACAUGGCAGUUGCUUUUGCCAUGCAGCUGGUGAAGCUCCUGCUGGUGGAUGACCGCAGUGUGAGCCACGUCACAGAGGCCGACCUGUUUCACACCAUUGAGACUUUAAUGAGGACUUGUGCACACUCCAGAGCCAACGCACCAGAGGGUCUUCCACAGCUCAUGGAUGUCGUCCGAACCAACUACGAAGCAAUGAUUGACCGGGCCCACGGAGGACCCAACUUCAUGAUGCACUCUGGGAUUUCACAGGCAUCAGAAUACGAUGAUCCUCCAGGUCUGCGUGAGAAAGCCGAGUACCUGCUGAGAGAGUGGGUCAACCUGUAUCACUCAGCGGCUGCUGGCCGGGACAGUACCAAAGCUUUCUCUGCCUUUGUGGCUCAGAUGCACCAGCAGGGCAUCUUAAAGACAGAUGAUCUGAUCACGAGGUUCUUCCGACUCUGCACAGAAAUGUGUGUGGAGAUCAGCUACCGAGCACAGGCCGAGCAGCAGCAUAAUCCAGCAGCCAGUGCAGCGAUCAUCAGAGCCAAGUGUUACCACAACCUGGACGCUUUUGUUCGUCUGAUCGCUCUUCUGGUCAAACACUCUGGAGAGGCCACCAAUACCGUCACAAAGAUUAACCUCCUCAACAAGGUGCUAGGUAUCGUCGUUGGUGUGUUGAUCCAAGACCACGACGUGCGCCAGACAGAGUUUCAGCAGCUUCCGUACCAUCGUAUUUUCAUCAUGCUGCUUCUGGAGCUCAAUGCUCCCGAACAUGUCCUGGAGACCAUCAACUUCCAGACCCUCACCGCCUUCUGCUGCGACAAUACCGUCCACAUGCUGAGACCCUCCAAAGCACCAGGGUUUGUGGAUGCCUGGCUGGAGCUCAUCUCCCAUCGCAUCUUCAUUGCCAGGAUGUUAGCACACACACCGCAGCAGAAGGGUUGGCCCAUGUACGCACAACUGCUGAUUGAUCUCUUCAAGUACUUGGCACCGUUCCUGAGGAAUGUAGAGCUGAACAAACCUAUGCAAAUCCUCUAUAAGGGUACACUGCGAGUGCUUCUGGUUCUGCUGCAUGACUUCCCAGAGUUCCUGUGCGACUAUCAUUACGGCUUCUGUGAUGUCAUUCCGCCCAACUGCAUCCAACUCCGCAACCUCAUCCUCAGUGCCUUCCCACGGAACAUGAGGCUCCCUGAUCCCUUCACACCCAAUCUGAAGGUGGACAUGCUGAGCGAGAUCAACAUUGCUCCCCGUAUACUCACCAACUUCACGGGCGUCAUGCCGUCUCAGUUCAAGAAGGACCUGGACUCGUACCUGAAGACGCGAUCACCAGUCACUUUCUUAUCUGAGCUGCGCAGCAACCUGCAGGUGUCAAAUGAGCCGGGGAACCGAUACAACAUCCAGUUGAUCAAUGCUUUGGUUCUGUAUGUGGGAACUCAGGCCAUCGCUCACAUCCACAACAAGGGCAGCACCCCCUCCAUGAGCACCAUCACUCACUCUGCACACAUGGACAUUUUCCAGAACCUGGCUGUGGACCUGGAUACUGAGGGACGUUACUUGUUCCUGAACGCUAUCGCCAAUCAGCUGCGCUACCCCAACAGCCACACCCACUACUUCAGCUGCACCAUGCUCUACCUGUUCGCUGAGGCCAACACCGAGGCCAUCCAGGAGCAGAUCACCAGGGUUCUGUUGGAGAGGCUGAUUGUGAACAGGCCUCACCCGUGGGGUCUCCUCAUCACCUUCAUCGAGCUGAUUAAAAAUCCUGCCUUCAAGUUCUGGAGCCAUGACUUUGUGCACUGUGCCCCCGAGAUUGAAAAGCUGUUCCAGUCCGUAGCCCAGUGCUGCAUGGGACAGAAACAGGCCCAGCAGGUGAUGGAAGGCACCGGUGCCAGCUAGCUCACCCCACCAGCCAGCUCACAACCCUUCGGGAGAGAUGCCGCCGUGGCCCGGACCCGCCCCCUCUCGCACCACCACACCUUCACACCUCCUCUCUUUACUGUCGGCACUGGAUAAACUGGCAACUACGGUCGUUUGAAAUGUGGAUUUAAAGGACUACUGCUCACGGAUCUUGAGGAUUUUGAUUUUUGUUGAUCCCUGCUGGGCUGAAUAGAGACGGAGAGAAUGGGUUGGGACACGCUGUUUAAUAUACUUUUUUGAUGCUUUGAUGUAAAUAUUGAAAAAAAAAAAAAGGGAGAACGGCAGAGUAAAUAAGUGAACAGUUCACAUGUCAAAUAAAAUGUAUCCUGACAUGUAAAGACAUGUAUUUUCACUCACUACCAAAGUCUUUGGUUUGCUUUCCUCCCACACAACUUUUUGUUGUUGUUUUGUUUUCCUUUUUUUUGGCUGAAUGAUAGGUAACUGAAGAGAGAAAAAAAAUCAGCCUGCUUCUAUGAUUUUUGAUUCAUUUUCAUUCCCCAAGUGGGACAGGAAGACGUGGUCUAGUCCGUCAGAUUGGGUUGGGUGGAGGUCUACUGUUGGUGGGUGGGUGUGUCGGUCGGUGGGCGGAGAUGGUUCGUCCAUUUGUGACCGGCUCUGGAAGUCUGUCUCUCUCUUUACAUCUUGCUCGCUCGCUCUCUGGCACCUGUAAAAUUGAGCAGAAAGGCGACGGCGACAUCGUUUCCUGACGAUUUGUACAAAGUUCCAAAUUGAAGAACAACUUAUGGAAGGACCAAUACAGCCCAUUUUGUAACGUUUUGAAUGUUUUGUAAAUGUAUUGGUCCGUGUGUUGUAUUUUGUAGUCCUUUCUAGUUUGCUUUUAGUUCUUGCUACUUUACUGCAGUAUGCAUACAUACAGGAAAUAAAGCAUUCAAACUGCAAAGCA